CAACUGUGAAAGACACAAGUACGAGUCCGAGUCCGAGUCCGAGUCCGGGUGCCGUGAGGUCAGUUUCCCGGAAAAUGUCGCGAUUGCCGCAUGUCUGCGGUCUCUGUUUGCUGCUGCGGAUUUGGCAGCUUUUGGCCUUGGCGCCGUUUAGGUUUGGUGGGCGAGUGGGCGCCAGGUGUCAGCGAUGGGUGACCUUGAGUGCGGCCUUGCGAUGCCUUCUGCUGACAUCGGUGGCCCCUGUCAUCCUGUGGAAAAGUGCCGCCAUGUAUGAGGCCACAAAUGUCCGGCAUUCGGCGGUGUUCAAGGCCAUUGCCAUGGCCACCAUGACGGGCGAUGUGUGCAUUUCCCUGGCUCUUCAGGGCGCCCAACUUUGGCAUCGCAAGGAGCUGGCCGAACUGGUCAAUAGCCUGGCCAGAUUGCACCGAAGCCGACGACUAAGCUGGUGGUCCACAUUGUUCCUGUGGCUCAAGUUGCUGUUCUCCCUCUACGAGCUCCUCUGCAAUGUGCCCUUUCUCGAGGGAGCUGGAGCUCGUCUGCCGUGGCACCAGCUACUGGCCUAUGGAGUCCAGCUGUAUGUUCAGCAUGUGACCAGUGUCUAUGCAAACGGACUGUUCGGCGGUAUGCUGUUAAUCCUGGAGUGCUACAAUCAACUGGAACAAGGGGAUCCCGCAUUAGAACGACUUUUGCACAGCGAACGGUGCUGGCUGAAAGUGGUGCAGAGAUUUGUGAAGGUCUUUCAGCUGGGCAUCUUUCUGCUGGUCUUUGGCAGUUUCGUUAACAUUCUGGCCAACAUGUACGCCUUCAUGUCCUAUUUUGUGGCGCAGCAUGGUGUUCCGCUAACCAUCUCCAAUAACUGCAUGAUUUUGGCUGUCCAGCUGUAUGCUUUGAUCCUGGCAGCUCACCUGUGCCAGGUGAGGUCGGGUCAGUUGCGUAAAAGCUGCUUGCAACUGGAAUAUGUGCCCGAAGGUCUAACCCCGGAAAAGGCCAUGACUUCAACACCAUUUCCUCUGGUCUCACCCACUGGCAGUGUCGAGUUUAGUAUUUUGGGUCUCUUCACCUUGGACAACUCGUUUUGGCUUUUCCUCGUCUCAUAUGCCAUGAACUUUAUUGUGAUUAUCCUGCAGUUUGGCCUGAAGAAUAUGAAACAUGCUUAAACUUAAGACGUCGAAU